AUGUCAAAGAAACCCGUUUUGUAUUACACACCACGCAGUCCACCAUGUCGGGCGGUGCUGUUGACAGCAGCCGCUUUGGGAGUUGAUUUGGAAUUGAGAGCAAUGAAUUUGAAAGAUGGUGACCACCUGACUCCCGAAUUCCUGAAAUUGAAUCCCCUGCACACCAUUCCCGUACUGGAUGAUGAUGGUGUUGUGAUUACCGAUUCCCAUGUCAUCUGCUCCUAUCUGGCCGAUAAAUAUGCUGUCGACGAAUCCAUGUAUCCCAAGGAUAAAUUGAAACGCAUGGAAGUCGAUUCUCGCCUCUAUUUCGAUUGUGGCCAUCUAUUCCCGCGCGUUCGCAUUAUGGUCGAACCCAUCAUCUAUUUUGGCCAAUAUGAAAUUGGUCCUGAAAAGGUGGCCUAUAUGCAAAAAGCCUAUGAUGGCUUGGAAAAGGCUUUGGCCAAUUCGAAAUAUUUAUGUGGUGAUAAUCUGACCAUUGCCGAUUUGUGUUGCAUUGCCUCCGUGUCGACCGGUAUGUUGUUUGCCCCCAUUGAAGAGGAGAAAUUCCCCAAAUUGAAAGCCUGGGUUGAACGUCUCUCGGAGUUGCCCUACUAUAAGAAGAAUAAUCAAGAGGGUGCUGAAAUUCUUUACAAUUUUGUUAAUGCCAAAAUGGUUGAAAACAAGAAAGCCAAAGAAGAAACUUCGUGAACAAAUUAGU